CAACUUGUGCACCCAGAUCAGUUCCGAUUGCAAUUUAGGAGUAAACAAAUCACUUCUUAACGAAUUCUGAACGCUAACGCUACUCAAAGUUCAACGUUUAAAAGGCGUUAAUUAAUUUAUGAAUUUGGUGGUAAUUAAUAGUGUAAACACUUAGUUAAAAUAUGGGGAUUAACACCGGGAAGUACCUUUUGACUGUUGGCAUCCUCUUGCUUGUUGGCCAAUAUAAAAGCGUUAAUGGAUAUCCUCAAGCUGCCAAGGCAACUGCGUUGGCAAGCGCAGAUGCGCUAACCACUGGCGAUGGCGCCGGUGCAGUUGCCGUGGCGUCCGCCGAGGCAGAUGCGGAUUUAAAGGGAUCGGAAACCUUUGGCUUUGGCUACUAUCCGGGAGCGAUUGGUGGUGGAUAUGGUCAUGGUUUAGGUUAUGGCGGCUAUGGCGGUUAUGGUUACGGCGGGCGUUGGGGUUAUGGCGGCUAUCACGGCUAUGGAGGGUAUGGAGGAUAUGGUGGAUAUGGAGGAGGAUAUGGCGGUGGUUUCUAUCGUCGUCCCAUCUAUCCAGUGUGGGGUUAAUAGCCUUAUGAUAUAAAUAUCUGCUCAUCAUCAGUAUUAAAGGCAUCGCUUAACGAUUAUAGUACUUAUGUAUACAUAUAUUACAAAUAUAUUCCUCUUCCAUUAAAACUUGAA